UCUUCAAAUACAGUUCACCACGCAGUGAACCCAUUAUCGAAAUAAUAUUUACGAGAAACAACGCCUAAAGCCGCCCUCCACCUCACAUUUCCACCCAUAAAAAAUAGAGAGAUAUCAGUGUAAAACAACUCGAUAAAUAAAAAUAAAAAUCCCUGAAGGAUUUCCAUUUCACACGAGGGUAAACUUCGAGGUUAAGGGUUUCACCAGUGAAUAAAUAAUUCAUCGGACCAGUUGUCUCCGUUAUGACCUCGACAAAUGAAAAACCGACUGUAUCAAUCCAAAGUCUAAAUUUUCGCUGUUAAUUUAGUUAUAUCUUCGCAUAUGAGUUGCGAACAAACAUUGUGAUAACACAAUCUUGUUAUCGCGAUUACGUGGGUGAAAGGAUCAGGAAUGAUUGCACUUUGAGCCGCAGACAUUCCGAGCCUUUGGAUAUCGUUUGGAGUGAAUGAUCGAUGGAUCAGUGGUGCAAUUUUUUUCUGAAUCAUUCGGAAGGCCCUGAACGAUUUGAUGGCAGGUGUUUGACAGCAAGUAGUCGUCUUAGUACUCGUCAAUAAGGGCUGCCAGUUACUGAGAUCGUCUGGCUCUUCUGGUAAUCAAGAAUUAUGGAGAAACCUGAUGAUUUCGUGAAUCUACAUUAUCUCUCCAUUUUUAUGUUCUUGGCUCUUCCCAUCACUGCUUUAAUUUCGUACAUAAUAGCUGUUUCCCUUGGCCAUGUGGAACCGGGAUUCCCAUAUAUUUCUGAUGUAGGGGCCAUCGCUCCGGAGAGUUGUAUUUUCUCGCAACUCAUGAACAUGAUGACAAUCUUAAUGGCUGUCGUGGUGUACGUUCGAUAUGCCCAAGUGAAGGAAACAAUCGCAAUAUCUCAAAUGCCUAAUUAUUGGAAUGUAUUUAACAAAUUCACUCUGGGAGUUGGAUUAACAGCAACGGUGGGCGUCUCGUUGCUUGCUAAUUUCCAAGUAACUUUAGUCUUCAGUGUUCAUCUAGUUGGAGCUGUUUUCGCCUUCGUAGGAUCUGGAUUUUACCUGUGGUUGGAGACAAUUAUAUCUUACAAAAUGCAACCAUUCGGUCCAUCGAUUCCCAUAAUAAUCCUGCGCUUGGCAGUAUCCAUAGGCUUCACCGUGUGCAUAUUCGGAGUAUUCAUCAUCCCGAUAUUUGCGCUGAAGGCAUUUCACGGUAAAAAUACCCUUCUGUGGCGAUCAGAAGAUGGUGGAUGGGGAUUACAUGUGACCAGCGCAGUCUGCGAGUGGUUUUGUUUAAUCUCUUUCUCCAUUUACAUAUUAACCUUCACCAAUGAAUUCCGAGGGAUCCAACUGAGUUGUCCAAAGGUAAUUCUGAAGACAGAUUACAUCAGGAAGACGUACCCCAUCUUCACAAGCUUCUCAGCCUCCACAAGCCCCAGCCACAGCACCUGAUCCCCCCCAGGACGUACUGGUUACGUCAGCCUUGUCUCCCCCUCAGAAACCCUGGCAAUUGAGAUUCACCAAAGUCCCUCCACCACCUCCGAGACCCUAGGCCUCCUGGAUCCCACCCAUACCUCCUCGUUGCCAUUUCCCCCCCUAAAAUACAGGACCUUCGAUUCCUCCCUGACAGAGAGCCACAAGCACGCAUUCACGCAACGCUACAGCAGAUUCCGUGAAUUUCCAUCAACCGAAUUGCCAGACACCCCGGAGUCAUGUUCCUCUUAUUCCCCAGCAAACAGCCACGAGGUCUACGGGGUAUUCACCUCGGAGAGUCAUAAAAUCAAUAUUAUUCUCCCCCCAGACAUACCCUCGACUUACGAAAUAGCAAAUAGCCACAGCAACUACGAACUCUUCACCGAUCACUUGAUCACAACCAACAGUGAAACCAACAGAACAACUCUCAACGAUCCAAAGGACAUCAACACCUGUCCCACCAAUUCCCCAAGUGUCAUAAUAAAUGACAGUGCCUACGACAUUGAGCAGUGCCUAAUGGAGAUUGAAGAGAGCCUAUUGAAUAUUGAGCAUAAUUUAAUUUACGUACACGAUCUUGAGAUUCCACAGUUCAAUAAUUUAUUGCAAUCAACGAUUAAUAGAAAAUGCAGCGAUGAAUGGCCUUCGUACGUCUGUAAAUCUAAAAGUAUGAUAUUCAAUGAUGAACAAACAUCAUUAUCCACCGAUGACAGUGAUGAUGGAAAUAUUCAUUUCAUUGCCAGCCUUGAUAAUCUUCCAGCUAGACAAUGUGCUAAUAAUAGUGAUAAUAUUCCGAGUUUUAGGGAUAACAUAAAUAAACCUGUUAAUUUUAAUUCUCAUGGGAGUGGAAGAAAGAGUGAAGAGGGAAGGAGAAACUUUCACCGGAGGAGAAAAAAUUCCCUGGACAUGGGAACAUUCAAGAGACGACGAAAGACUUCCCUCGAGCAUUGUUAUUUUUCUAAGAGCUCUGGAGCCAGUGGGGAGUACAGGAAAGCUUCAUCUCAUGGUGCUUUAGAGAUAUCCGCUAGAGAAAAUAAUAAGAAAAAAAUCAGUUGUACGAGUAUUAAAUCAAAUGAUUGUAUUUUCAAUGAAAUUAAUGAGAGAGCUAGGGACUGUCGGCGUAAAUUUGAUAGUAUUUGUACAGCGAGGGAUAAUGUUGAUUGUAUUAGUGGUAAAAUUGAUGAAUCGACAGGGAAGGAUAAGAAUUAUACCAGGAGUAAUUCAUUGCCUAAAGAUAAUGCACUUGUACCGGGCAAAUUAAUAUCUCUGUCGUUUUCACUUCUGCUGGCAGCUUUGCUUCAGGCUGUCAGGUGUCUCGCUGAUAUUGUUGAGGACACUUUUCGAUCAGUUGCACUCGAUAAAUACGCUUUACACGAUUAAUUGUUGAUAAUUUGAGGUGUCUUAUUCUUAUUUAUGGAAACAUCGUUAUUAAUAAAAGGAGAAAUUGUUUUUGAUGAGCUAGUA